CUCUUCGCUACAUCUUUGCGGAUAUGACGAGCAACCCCCCGAGCCGCGGCCUCUUGGCUUCAGCUUGCGAUGCUAGCUUCCCCCUCGUCGCUUGUAUACGCUUCCUAUAAUUCGCCCGAAUCAAACUUACCUCCACAGACAGAUCCAAACUUACACGCAAAUCAAGUGCACCAAGCUUUACAGUGCCAAUCCGGGUUCUUGGUCCGGCUGGGUCCGGCCCGGCGGCUUAAACCCAGAUUACCCCACGAACCCUAGAGCUCUUUCAAGCCGAUGGUGUUUUUCGCAGGAAAUAUCGCUAUGGCUAAUCAGCGUAUCGAACUAAAACCUUGGCACAUUAGACUAGAGAGCAGCAUUUCCAACAGACCGGGAGGGUUCGACUCGGGUAUCAUACCGACGAUCGCUUGGCACAUGGUGAUGUUUCUCCCAAACCCCCUACCCCUUCGAGGGAAAGAGUCCCCCGAAGAGGGUUAUAGUACCCCCUCCUUAUCCCGCCCGACUCCAGCCAAGUGCCCAAUAUCUCCUUUCAGGUUUUUCUGCGAUCCCCUUUCCUAUCGAAAAGACCCGGUUAGGGACUACCGUGUCAGUCGCUUCCCGAGGGACUUGUCGUCACUCGAGACUUGACCACUCGCACCCGUCAGAGUAACGCAUCGCCAUUGGCAAGUUGGGCCGGUGUUUCUCGUCAUCAACCCUAGCGUUAUAGAAACAUCUUCUGCAGUAGGCAUGCCUUAUGGCACGUAUGUGGAUUUGUCGUACACUAUGAUAGAGCUUGUUUGCGACAUUGUUUGAUCUUCAUCCAAUACAUUUUUCCCUUCCCAUGGAUAGACCUAAUCGACUUGGCGUUGGCUCGGGUUUUUAGAAAUCAACGGGCUAAAGCCAGGACGAUACCGAACGACGAUGAAACGGCGAUGAUUAUAUGCGCUGCGAAAACUCUGCACAACCAAAAGGGGGGAAGUUCACAAAG